UGGGAGCUGACUAUUUCGUCGGCGCGCUGAGUAACAAGCGCGUGGAUGAGGGCUCUUUCACUGCUGCAGAGUUAUUCAAUGCUGCUUCCAUCGAUGAGGUCGGGUUUGGACCGAGUUCGACGAUGAUUUUGGAGAAGAUCGCUAGAGCGCUCGAAACCGAUAUCCAACCCGGAGAUGAAUUCAUCAUUAGCUAUGAACAUGAAGCAAACAACGGUCCUUGGAAGCGUCUGGCUGAGCGGCGCAACGCCGUGGUCAAAUACUGGCAACCUACGCCAGUAUCUGCGGAAAACCCUUACUCAGUCGCAUACAAAGUCGAAGAACUGCUGCCACUCGUUUCUUCACGAACCAGGCUGGUCGCCAUCACCGCAUGUUCCAAUAUUUUGGGAUCGUUGGUUCCUGUGGAAGAAGCAGUGAAGGCACUUCGCCAGCGUGCAAAAGAACAGGGCGCAAGAAAGGUCGAAAUGUCUGUAGAUUGUGUUGCAUACGCACCACAUAGAAAAAUGGACGUGCGACAGUGGGAUAUCGAUUACUGCGUGUUUUCUGUAUACAAGGUGUACGGGAUUCACAAUGCUGCCGUCUAUGUGCGCUCGGCUGCUCUGAAGACAUCUCUUAUGUCCAUCGCACAUCAUUUCUUGAAGGUGGACGACAAGCCAUAUAAGUUGCAACCAGGUGGUCCGGGCUAUGAGCUGGUGUAUGGCGCAACGGCAAUCGUGCCAUAUCUAAAGUCGUUGAUGCCAGAAGAUGAGCAAACCCUAUAUCUCUGUUCAGGCGUUUGUAGGCCUGUAGACGGGCAAUAUAUAUAGCAUAGCCCACCGGGGGUUUCAAUAAGAACGAACAUGAACUUACACAUUUAUCAAGGUACAUGGGCAACCAUGAAAAAUAUACGAGAAGACAGGUUCAACUAUGAGGACGUUCUGUUAUUUGCAGUGAACCACUAAGACUUUCAAGAGUAAGACUGCAGUAGGACUCCAGAAGUUGGCUGUAUGCCAAGAUGCGCAUCUCUCAUACAUAGUAGCA